AUUAUAAUUGUUAUAAAUACACAAAGCACAAGCUUGAAUUAAAAAGAAACGAAGAACUUGUUUGGAGUGGCUGGUACCUAUGAUCGUAAGAGCCGAAUAGCUGCUAAUCAAUGCUUGAUCGUAAGAGGCGAGAAGCCAAUCAAAGCUUGAUCAAAAUGGACAAAUUGACAAUCAAUGCUUGAUCAUUUAAAAAGCUACACAAGUAUGGUGCGAAUAACACAAUUGCUGAUGUCAUUUCUGGCUAUGAUUCUUGUUGCCAAGGGCAACUGCUUAUCAAGCGUCCCGCCGGGCUCAUCGAUGGAUCCGCAAAUCAAGGCCGUGAUGGACUGGUGCGGGAACUUCACAGGUCACGUGAACACGGUGAUGGGGAAGCUUCAUCAAAUAUCAUUUAAUAAAUCAAACGCUCUGAUGUCAUCAGGAUUAAAGGAGAGUGCAAGACUAGAGUUUGAUCGCCGAGACUUGUCCAUAUACGCCCUUCUUUUUGACGAGCUGACUCCGGGCGCGACACACCCUCAAGGAAAACUACUUGAGAAGUGCAUCAAAACGAACCGAGCAAUGUUGGAAUCAAUCAUCGUGAACAUCAGGCUAGCGGAGCUGUAUCUCGAUGGAAGCAUUCUGCUACCUCCAUUCACGACUACCAGCACCCAGCUUCGCUAUGAGGACCUGGCAGGAGAUAUGGGGUCCCUCAAGGCACAAUUUAGGGGCCUUGCUAUAUUGAUAGGAAACCUUUACGUUACUCAAAUUAUUAGUCCUGUAAUAAAAGUGAAAUAGAAAACUAAAAUGUAAACGUCUGUAGGGUACUUAGAGGCUCGUUUUUGUGCUAUUUAAUGUAAUAAUGAUUUAGAUGGUAAAGAUAGUUGAUUUUAUUGUGGUGGUUCCAAUAAAUUAUGUCUAAAAUAAA